AUGUCCUUGGGAAAAGAGAUUUUGAGAUGUAUUUUGCUUUACAUGUACAAAUUAGGAAACAAAGCUGCAGAGGCCUUAAAAAGAAUAUGCUCUGUGCUUAGAGAGAUAUCACUGAGUGAACGGACUGCUCAGAAGUGGUUCAGCCGAUUUUUUUCAGGAAAGGAGAGCCUUGAAGACAAGCCUCGUAUUAGUCGUCCAUCCACCCAAUGCAAAGUCCAGCUGAAGAAACAAAUCAAGCAGAAACCUUAUCAAACGUGCCAGGAGCUUGCACCCGGGGAUGAAGUAUCUGAUGAAACCAUACGAUCAAAUCUUCAUAACCUUGACUUAAAAACUAAGGAAGGAAGUUGUUGA